ACCUCCAGUCUGGCCUUUGAUAUAUUGCCCUCAUAUUGCCUUUGUCCUUCCCUCCUCUCUCCCUUUCUCUCUCUUUCUCUCUCUUUCUCUCUCGGUCUGUGAGUGUGUUUAUACACACCUAUCAGUCAGCUUGAUUUAACCCCUCUCUCUCACACGUGAGAUACCAGAGUUCUGUCUGCUUUGUUCUGACAAGGAGAACUGGAAUGCACACAAAUCACAUGAAGGACACAAACAACAACUUUAACAACUCUCUCCUCGGUGCCCAAAAGGAGAAGCUUAUUCAGGCAAUUAAAAAGAUCAAACAUGAAAUCGAUGAAUGUUAUGAGGCUGAGAAAGAUGCCUUUGUGGAUGCACUGGAGGUCGAGAAUAGAUUUGAAGAGAUAGAGCAUGAAAUCCGAGCAGAGUUUCAAAACCUCCAUCGUUUCCUGGAUGAGGAGGAAGAGACGGAUCUGGAACGGCUAAGGAAGGAAAGGGACAGACGAGUGAAGAUCUUAAAAGAGAGAGAGAAAAAGAUUGGCAUGCAGAGUAGAGAUCUAGAGAAAGCCAUCGAGACGCUAAACUGCAAACUGCGGGAAGAUGACAGCCCCAAACUUUUGAAGGAAAUCAAAGAGCUUCUGAAAAGAUGUGAGGUGAAUUUCAUUCGUCCUCCGCCCGUAGACAGCGAAAUUCUCUCUGGUCAGUUUGUGGGACCCAUUCAGUACCGGAUCUGGAAACACAUGAAAACAGCCCUCUAUCCAAACAUAUCCACGUUGACUUUUGACCCUGAAACAGCGCAUCCGCUCCUAACCCUCUCUGCUGAGAGAACCUCGGUGACUUACGAGGAUGACAAGGUGCUGCCUAACGAGAACCCAGAUGAAAGGAACCCGAAGCGCUUUCAUUUCUACUAUUGCGUGAUGGGUUCAGAGGCCUUCACUCAUGGCCGUCAUUACUGGGAGGUGGAGGUGAAAGGCAAGACCGCCUGGAGAGUGGGUGUGGCCAGAGUGGACAUACCCCGUGGAGAGAUGGACUCUUCCUCGACGUUAAACGGACUGUGGACACUGUCCCUCAGAAAUGGCUCUAUCACGGCCUGCACCCACCCAAAGCCCACAAAGGUGCUCUCAUACACCCUCCCCAUCCGCAUCGGCAUCUUCCUGGACUGUGAUAACGAGGAGGUUUCUUUCUACAAUGCUGUCACCAUGACGCCACUCUUCUCAUUCUACAUAGGGACCGUUCUAGUGCCGCUCUAUCCAUUCUACAACCCAUGUGACACAGAUGAAGGAAAGAACUGUGCUCCUCUUUCCCUAUUUCACCCAUCACUUUGAGGGAUUGACAUGGAUGUUUGCUUUUCCACUUCCUCUGUUGACACAUUUUGCAACGCUGAAGUCUGAUUACCCGGAAGCUUGUAUGCCUGCAAAGCUAGAGAGCCGUUUUGUUAACACUUAACAGUAGCUGUAACCCAGAUUUUGGGUUAUUUAAAUUCUUUAAGAGGGCAAAUUUAAACUUUGAAUGAGCUCAAAGUGCUAUUUUCUGCAAGGCUAUUCUCUAGGAGCUAGCUGUUGAGUAUACAUUGGUUGUGCAUUUAUUAUUUAUUUGCAUUAUGGGAUUAAACGAGUACACUCUAUAAUACACUACACUUUCAGACAUCAUUUCAAAUUAUGCAACAUAUAAGGGUAUGGGAUCAUUUAAGACACAGUGAGUGAGAUUUGCUCCAGUCAGUCAUCUAUUCAGACCUAAAAAGCAAUGUUGAGAUUGUUACAGUGCAGUUCUUUAUAGAGCACAUUUCUCUUACAAAUAAGGAAUAUUUCGCACAGAAAUUAAAUUCAUUUUCAUGAUUUAUGUUUCAGAACUGUAUGCCAUUUCGGUUUGACAUCAUGAUGUUGAUAAUGAGACUCUCAAAAACUAGUGAGCUUUGACUUUGUCUGGCAAUGACCGUAUCUGAUUUGAAAGCUGCAGAGGAGGUGAAGAUGAUUAUCAGCUAAAGUAGUGCAUGACUCACAUGGUCAACAUUUAUAGUGCUUUUUUGUCCUUUUUGAAACUUGACAGAUCAAAAUAGCAAUAAAAAUGUAUUUUAAAAAAUAAACAUGAGUUUGGAAUGCUGGAUUUCAUCUCAGAAGCUAAGCAGGGUUUGGUUCAGUUAGUACUUAGAUUGGAGACAGCCUGGGAAUAGCAGGUGCUUUAUCCUCGGGUGGCAUGCUGGCUCAGUGUUAACAUUCACAGCAAGAAGGUGCCUGGUUUGAGUCCCAGCUAAGUCAGGAGGCCUUUCUGUGUGGAGUUUGAAUGUUCUGCCUGUGUGGCUUAUUUCCGGGUGCUCUGUGAUGGACUGACCAUCUGUCCUGGGUGUUUUCCUGCCUUUAGCCCAAAAUGCUGGCUUAGAAUGACAUAAUUAAUAAUAGAAUUUUCAUUCGGGAGAGAACUAUUUCUUUUUUAUUUGAUAUAUUUGUAUGCAAAUAAAUAAAAUACAUGCCAUUUAUUUGUUUGAAAGUGACGUUAGUACAUACACUGUAUCUCUGUAAAGGGACUUGCACAAUAAAAUAGAAAGCUGUGAAAAAAUAAAAAAAGUGAAAUGCAUUUCUCUGCCUGUUGACACACUAUUAAAAGCGACUGUUUACCAUUAUUUGUCUAUAAAUAAACUAGGCCGGUCUGCUGCAUUAUGCCAGCUAUGUGCUGUUGGAGUGACAAAGCAAAAGAGGGAGGGUCUCUCUGAACCCUGCCAGCAACAGGCCUGUGCAGAAGGGAAGAAAAAGCUAGAGAGACAGAUGAGUGACUUUGAAUCUGAUUGACUACAAGGGCAGAAAGCACUAUCUUUUUUUGGCAAGUGUCUCACAGCCACAGGACAGCAUUUAUGACUGCUGUGUCACAGGUGUGAGGAGAAAAAACAACACACUUUGAAACAUUUUAAAAUCAUUUAUUAUCAUUUCUAGGCAUGAAAUAAAGGAAGUAUCACUUCUUUACAAAAUGUUUAUGUGUUGUGUUUGUGCAAAAAGGAAGAGCGGGGACUGAUAAACUGUAGAGCAUCACUCAGGUGGAAUAAGUAGAGGAAAAGAGAGGCAGAAACCUCUCAUGCACCUGUGGGACACAACUGCACGUUGAGUUUACUUAAAAUACGCACAACACCACAGGAUACUUGGGCUUCUCGUACUCUAUACAUUCUCACCGCUCAUUUUCCUCAUUUUUGAGAGAUAAUUCCACACCCAUUGAAUUCUGAGUAUUGAGUAAGGGAUAGUUCAUCCAAAAAUGUAAAAAUUGUUUACUCACGCUCAAGUUGGUUCAAACAUGACCUUCUUCUCUGAAAACUGUUUUUGUCCAUAUUAUUAAAGUCAGUGGGGUUGUAAAAAACACUAAUCUCUACACUAAACUGUAGCUGUAAGGACAAAAUUACGAAAUGAGUGUGAGUGAAAAAUCUUUUCUGGAUGAGCUAUCUCCUUAAUGCCCUUGUGUUUUUCGACCAAUCAGGUCUAACCAAUGGAAUGGAAAGAUAUAAGGUGAAACAUAGAAUGCAACAUUUUCAGUGACAUCCAUAGCAGGGAUGUUUUACACAAUGGAAUUAUCCAAUCAGAGACCUGCAGAGCCGUGCGAUACAUGAAAAUCAGCGUACUUUUAGACGUAUACACACUACCUCCUACAUAUGCAUGACCACACUAGCACAGAUGGACACUAUGGGAGCGUAACUCUUUAGCAUGCAAUGACAGAAUGCAAUGACGAUGCAUCGAUACUUUCGUGUCUGAAUUUGUAAAGAGCGGAAAAGCGCUAUAUAAACUGAAUUACUAUUCCAUUGGUAUAGCCUUGAGGGCCGACUAAAUCAAAGUGACCUGCAACACGGCUAUCUCGGUAUCGAACAGAUAGCAGUCGGAUAUCACUAGACAGCAUGAAGUCCAUUCUGAUAGAAAUCUCACACUGUGCACUCCCUUAAAUUGAAUGUGAAUUUAAUACCACUUAAAAAGGAACAGCAAUUACCAGCCAGCCGGGGAGAAAAAGGACAUUGCUAAUUGCAUUGAAAUGACAGCUAUCCAAUGGAGCUUCUUGCUAACACACUGACGCGCACAAACAUACUCACAUGCACUUGUACAAACACAUACAGGCCUCCUGAUGUUGCCAAUGAUGAAUAACAUCUAUAAUCUCUCUUCAUUAAUACCAAAUUGCACCCACAUACAUACAACACAAGCAUCAACACACAAAAUACAAAAACGGACAGUAAUCAUGUCAUGAUACAAGACUAAUAUCAGUGGCAGUGUCCUGAAGGGUAGCAAAUAUCUUAAGCAUGAUAAGACACUGUGAUGAUUCAGGGAGUGAUCAGAGGAAAAUUGAUUUUGCCUGGAAACCUUUGUAAUGUGCAUUAUCGGGAUGCACUUAAGUGUGACAUCAUUUGCUGGAAAUGAAAGUAAGGGCAUUUGAUAUCAAGCUCAGGGUUAACAGACAAUGGGAUUAGCUGAAGGGAGCAUGACAGUUACGCUACACUAUAGUUCAUAGGUUUUGUAUUGUAUAAAAACCCCUCCUUUGUCUGCCUGCCUGUGAAUCAUUGUGAGAAACUAAAGAAUGUGGAACUUGAAGACCAAACUACAGAACCUCACAAUACACACUUAUUAUUAUUAUGCAUGUGUACAUGUAUCAUUGUGUACCUCCAAGUUUUUUAUAUUGCUUAGAUGUUCUCCAAUACGACUCUCUCUCUCUCUCCAAACUGAGUGGGAAUGGGGACUUUAAAGGUGGACUCAGUAAUUUUUUAAUGCUAAAAUGAAUAACACUUUUGAAAUAUGUUUUAAUAUCAGCCCAAACCGCUGUUUAAUUUCACAUGGAGUGGGUCACCUCAUAGGUGCCUCCAUGUUCAAAUCACAUGACUAAAUGAAUACUUGAUUAUCUCUUUAUCUCGAAGAACCCUCUUAUUAUAAGACACUUUCAUUCACUAUAAACUGAUCACAGCUGACUGCAAACAAAGCAUUUCUACAAUGUUAUUGGUAACCUAACUCAAGUGUGUUCGCAUGAUUUUACCUCCACACCGCUAGGUGUCAGUGUGGGUCCAAGACCAGUGUCUAAAUCGAAUAAACGAAAAUUACUGAGUGCAUCUUUAGCAUCAAAAACAUGGUUCAGCUUUGCUCAUAAACAAUCAAAUAUCAAAUUUUGUUUUGUCAUGGACAUAUCGUUUUAAGUUUUAAUGCUAAAGUGUUCCUAUGGUUAUAACAUCUAGGUUUUGUGAUAUUUACAUUAUGAGAUGUGACACUAAGACCGUAUGGCUUUCAAAUGACAUUUCCUUGCACUGAUAUUAAAACAGCUGUUAAAGGCUGAGAAGGAACAAGGCCAUUUUCAGAGGUUUGUGGGAAAGGCAUUGCCAAAUAUCUGAUUGAAGUUUUGUAAACCUUUGAUUGCAUUUCAAACCUUGUGCUUUGCCAAAAAAUCUACUUUUUUAUUUAACGUUAACAUACAUUGCAAUGUUGUUUAAUUAGUAGUUGAGUACUUUAGUCAGGCUUAAAUGUGAGGUAGUGAUCAGUUAGAAAAUCUACCCACAAACCUCCAGUCUGUCAGAUCUGCCCACACUUCAAGACAUUGAUACGAAUAUCGAGUCAGCUACCAUCCCUGUUACUCACUGUGUUUUAUCAUCUGCUCCCACAGAUAGUGUGGUAGGAGCAGGUUCCUGGACUCAUACAACAUUAACAGGCAGUGGUGUUCAGGUUCUACCGGAGGCACCAGGAAUAUAUGUAAACUGAUAUGUGAGACUGUAUUGUCUUACAACUACGACUAUAAAUCCAAAACUAUUUGUGGAACAUUGUAGCAACACAAA